CGCGGCUGCGCGCAUGCGUCGCCUUGACCAACAUGGCCGAUCGCAAAUUCGCGCGCGAAAACUUUUAAUAAAUUAAAAAAUAAACAACCAGUAAUGUCACAACCAAAGAUUUUUUCCAUUGCAAGUAUGAGACGAUUAAAAUGCCUAAGAAUUGUUUGAAAUAUUUAAUUGUGCUUGCGGUUAUUUAUCUCCUAGUGAGGACAUGUGAUUGUGCCAAAAAUCGAGUGAAAAAGUUCAAGAGAAAAGUGGACGACAUAGAUUUGAAACAAAAUAAUUUGUUGCAACAGAAUGUGGUGAGGAAUUCGACCAAUAAUGAGAGAGGCAGAGGAUUCUUUACGCCCGGCCUAUUCUCCCUGGGAAAGGUGCUCAACUUCUUCCCGGUGGGCGGCGAGCGGGAAUGCCAGCCGGCGGGCUUCACCGUCGCUCGUGCUGGUAUCUGCCUCAACCCGUACGACUGCCGGCAGCGAGACGGCAAGGCCGCUGGUGACUGCGCGCACGGGCUCGGCGUCUGCUGUGUGUUCGAGGUGACAUGCGGGGGCGUGGUGCAGAACAACCUGACGUACUUCCUUUCCCCGGGGUUCCCAGAGCUGUGGUCGGGCGAGCGGGACUGCAACAUCACUAUCGAAAAGACCCACGCCGGGAUCACGCAGCUGCGGGUCGACUUCGUGCACUUCACUAUUGGUCAGCCCAACAGAACGACUGGCGAGUGCGAUGAGGAUGCCAUGACGCUUGGGGAGGGCAGUGGAAAGAUCGUCAUUUGUGGGCAAAACCAUGGCCAGCAUUUAUACUACUCUUUAUCCAGCGGAAGCGAAGUCCGCGAGGCAGGAGAACUCCCGAGCGCGAAGAGUACAAAACUAUCCAUUCGCAUGAGAGGGAGCGAGAUGCCACGACUAUGGUUGCUGCGGCUAGCGCAGAUGCCGUUAGCAUAUUCAGCGCCUCACGAUUGUCUGCAGUAUUUUACAAAUAACAAUGGUACAAUCAAGACCUUCAAUUUCGCCAUCAAUGGCCGUCAUUUGGCAGGGCAGGAGUACAGGGCAUGUAUGCGCAGGAAUGUGGGGUUCUGUGCGGUUAGAUACGUGCCGUGUGACAGCAGAUCGUUUAGAAUUGGGCCUGGAGGAAAUGCGCCUUUCGUGAUGGACCUGGCUGGUGUGAUGCAGCAAGAACAACUGAUGCCAGUCAAUGACGCUCAGGUGCAAGAUGAAGAGGAAGGUUCUGGAGCAGAUCCUCAGAUGGCGCCAGUGGUUGAGGCGAACGUCGCACCGCCUAGUCUUGCUUUUAGGAUCUGGAGCUUUAUCUGGCCGUCUUGGCUGUGGGGACAGAGCAGAGGCGCCAGGACUUGGGGCUGGAGCCGAUGGUCUCCGUACGCACAGCACUACACUAAAGAAGACGACAAGUUCCGAUACUAUGGCUACGGGAACUUCGGGGUCGGCCUGCAAGGCUACGGCAGGCAGAGAUGCACGGAUCGCAUCACUAUUCCUUGCGAGAACGAGUAUUUUGUGUCGCACUACACUAAAGAAGACGACAAGUUCCGUUACUAUGGCUACGGGAACUUCGGGGUCGGCCUGCAAGGCUACGGCAGGCAGGGGUGCACGGAUCGCAUCACUAUUCCUUGCGAGAACGAGUAUUUUGUGUCGAACUACACUAAAGAAGACGACAAGUUCCGAUACUAUGGCUACGGGAACUUCGGAGUCGGCCUGCAAGGCUACGGCAGGCAGAGAUGCACGGAUCGCAUCACUAUUCCUUGCGAGAACGAGUACUUUGUGUCGCACUACACCAAGGAGGACGAUAAGUUCCGAUACUAUGGCUACGGGAACUUCGGGGUCGGCCUGCAAGGCUACGGCAGGCAGAGAUGCACGGAUCGCAUCACUAUUCCCUGUGAGAACGAGUACUUUGUGUCGAGCACAUCAUACAUUCCCGGCGUCUGCGACCCUCACCACUGUGGAGACAGCUUCUGCCCAGGGUCAGGGUCAGACUGCCGCGUGGAAACUUCCAUUUCACCCUUCGCGGUGUCGGUCCACUUCGGCCCGCCGCAACGCAAGCGUAGCCCCGAGGAGAAUAUUGGAGCCUGUCUGCGGUACACGCAGCUGCCUUGUGAUGGGUGACCGCUGGGAGAAGUCCUGGGUUCUGUGCCCAAAG